GUCCGUCGUAUCAAGGUCGUACGUAUGUAUGUCGCUCGGGUGUAGUACAGGACUGGUGUGGUUGGAUUUUUCCCUAAAAGAUCUCACUAAACCUCGUUAUGUACGCGCUGAUCGACGCAGCUUUCGCACUUCCUCUGUGGGUGUGGACGCUAUUGCUGGUGGUAGGCUACGUUACGUACAUAUUCGCCUUUAAAAACGCUAGAUUGGUCAUGUCGAACCAGUCGAGAGAGUUGUUCACGCCUACCUGGCAGAAGGAUGUCGUGUAUCUGUACGGAUUCCCGCGUCCCAGAGUCAUACCCGACCUGUCGCCGUUUGGUUUAAAGGUGGAAACAUGGAUGCGCAUGGCCGGAGUGAAAUACGAGAGACCGGAGCAGGGCAUCAACGGACGACCGCGAUGGUCUAGAAAGGGACAGAUGCCAUGGAUAGAGCUGAAUGGGGAAGAGACGGACGACUCAUUCUUCAUCCUCGCCAGACUAACGAAUCACUUCAAGGACCUUGACACGACUUUGAGCGAGGAAGAGAAAUGCGUGUCUCAGGCGUUCCUACAGAUGCUGGAACACCACACAGUCGCUGGAAGAAGAAGGGACAUUUAAUCGGCAUAGGGCGUCACACCACGGAGGAGCAACGGCAGCUGUGGCAGGCCGAUCUCAGCUCCGUCGCCGGAUACCUCGGUGACAAGACCUACUUCAUGGGCGGCCCACGGCCCACGAUGAUUGAUGCUGUCUUGUUCGGACACCUCUGUCAAAUGCUCUACAUUCCUAUCGACUAUCCACAAACUGCUUACCUGCGCGACAAAUGUGCCAACGUCGUCGCCUACGUGACGCGACUCAAGCAGGAGUUCUACAGCGACUGGGACGACCUGCUGGCGACGCAUGCCCCUCCCUCGGAGAAAUACCGUCCAACCAAGAAUGAUUAGUGACAGCUGAGGAAUCUUCAUGAACAAGCAACUACCUACUUUCACGAGUUUUCCAUCGCUUACAUAUUCCUAAAUAUGUAAAUAAUCCUAAACUAUGUAAUUAUAAAUAAAACUAUAUCAUUAUAGAUAAAACUCUAUGUAGUUCUAGAUAAAACGAUAUAAUAAACUCACUACUAUACCUAG